AGCAUCCUGAUUACUGUGCAAGUCAGCAUCCCGUGGAUGUCUAAGCUGAUUUAAAAGUGCCCUUUUUGAUGAAUCAGCGCAUCUUCCUACCUCUUAUUAAUACUGAGAGACUGCGGCCGCCACAGCUAUAGAGAGACUAUAAUUCACAUACAUGAGUUCCUUCCAUCAGAAGAAGCAAGACACAGUUUUUCAGAAACAACAGCAUCUUAAAAACAACCACAGAACACAACUGAAUAACAACCUUGAGUGACCCCACAGCGACCUUCAUUCCCGACCAUGAACCUGGAGCUCCCCAAAUCCGAAGUCAAGUCGGCCACAAGAGUGACCGGCGGCCCCGCCACCCCGCGCAAGGGACCCCCCAAAUUCAAACAGAGGCAGACCCGCCAGUUCAAAAGCAAGCCACCGAAGAAAGGAAUACAGGGGUUCGGUGACGACAUCCCGGGAAUGGAAGGGUUAGGCACAGACAUCACUGUCAUCUGCCCCUGGGAAGCCUUCAAUCACCUGGAGCUGCACGAACUGGCCCAGUACGGUAUCAUCUGAGACCUCCGGCUGUCCCACAAUCCACUGGGAACAGCGAACACUCCAUCACAGUUUAUUUUGGGACCAGAUGGGAAACAAAAUACAACAGCAACAACAAAAAUGGACAAAAAAAAAUCCAACAAAAAAUUGUAUAAUGUAAUGACUUUUCACCGCUUUCUUUAUCCUGCAGCCAAAGAUGAUAAAAUGAACUGCUCACGUUUAGAAUCCUCAGAGCUCUUGUGCACACUAUUCUGCAAACUGAAAAACAUCCUUUCUGCCGCUUUCUUUCUGUUCUUUUUCCUGUCUCUUUUUUCACUCGAAAGAAAACAUGAAACUAACGCAAGCAAAGCCGCCUCGAAUGAGCAUACAAUGAAACACACCCGUGAAGCGAUUCACGAGCCGUCGUGUUUUCCAGCAACACCAGAAAACACUCCCUGUAUGUAGAGAUAAGACUGAGGUCUGGGACAUUUACUGAGCAGAGACCCCACACUGGUAAAAUUGGCAAGAGCAGGAAUCGAUCCCUACUGUAUCUUCCCUAACUAUUCCUUUUUUCCUAUCCAUUUCUCUCCUUUCUCUUUAAUUAUUGUGUUCUCUUUUUAAUUAAGGAAACACUCAGGGAUUAUUGCUUUUUGUGUUGACUGUUGCUAAGGGCAGUUGUCACAGUAGAAACCCCCCUGCUCUGUUAGUUCCAUAUAGUCUCUGGCCUGUCUUCUUUAUUUGUCUUUGGAAUAAAGCAGCUUUCUUACUCUGCCUUACUUGUACUGUAGCACAUUUCAAGGGGUGUUAUAUGCACCCAAUACAUACAAUACAGCAGACUAGGUACAGAAUUCAAAGGAAGCUGUAUAGUAAACAUGUUAAUAUUUCAUUUUCAUGGUUACACCUCGUUGCAUGAUGGUGUUGCAGGUUCACUUAUUUAACUUCUUAAUGCAUGUUUUGGUGUUAAUGUAUGCUUUUUUCAUUGGAUCUUUAAAUUGCAUUGCACAUUUUAACCUCAUUCUCAUUGCAUGUUUCGUUGCAUGUUUCCAUCCCAUUGCAAUGUUUCCAUCUCCUUGCAUGUUUCAUUUAGAUCUUUUUGCAUGUUUCCAUCCCAUUGCAUGCUGCAUUGCAUGAUAACAUCUCAUUGCAUGUUCUGUUGCAUGUUUCCAUCCCAUUGCAUGCUGCAUUGCAUGAUAAUAUCUCAUUGCAUGUUCUGUUGCAUGUUUCCAUCCCAUUGCAUGAUAACAUCUCAUUGCAUGUUUCGUUGCAUGUUUCCAUCCCAUUGCAUGUUUCCAUCUCCUUGCAUGUUUCAUUUAGAUCUUUUUGCAUGUUUCCAUUACAUUUCAGCACAUAUCUCAUUUCUUAAUGCACGUUUAUGCAUGUUGCACUCUCUGAAGCAUGGCAUUAUCAUGUAGGACACUGAGUGGCAUUGCUCUUUCAAAUACACCUCUUUGCAUGCAUUGUGUUUGCUGUAAGACAUCCAUCAUUUACGUGAAAUCUCUUUCUAGUUGCACCCCUCUCUCUCCCAUUAGCUCUAUAUUAAUAUACAGUAAGCUAUUCAUUAAAACACCCUUUAGCCCUGUACUAAGCUCCUGUGUAACUGUUGGUUCAAACUUUCCUAAACUUUGCAAAAUCAAGGCACUCAUUUGCACUAUUUUCUUUCUGCUCCCCAACCCCCCUUUUUAUAUAUAAAGCAAAAAGAGACAAGGACCAUGCAUUAUAUAUAUAUAUAUAUAUAUAUAUAUAUAUAUAUAUAUAUAUAUAUAUAUAUAUAAUGCAUUAUAUAUAAUUAUUUUUAGACUCUGAUUUCUUUCAAUUUUGGAAACUUUUAUUCUUUCCUUUCAUGUAUUUUUUUUCUGAACCCCUUUUCUUUUGAUCGGAUUGAAGCGAUACAAUCCCAUUCCUCCUCUAUGAUCUAUAAUAGCAGUUCUGGCAAGCUGCAGCAGUGAUUUCUGUUCCAGAUGUGUUCUUGUAUUUAAUCAUUAUGAAUGGAGGCACGUCGGGGGGGUUAGUAACAGCGAUCUUUCAGCAGUUUAUGAAAUGGAAAAUGUCAUCUUUUCAUGUCAUCAGAAAUAACUGAAUGUCCCCUCUACAGAAUAACAUUUAAAAAAAUGAAUAAAAAGCUUGAUAAAAAUGGACAAAA